AUGUCAGACGCUAAUGAGGGUAUAGAUAAUCUUUUAUUAUUAGUUACACAGCGAUCCGGGUGCAUAGAGAACCUUUUAGAGAACUUCUUUUCUUUCCUGGCCCGGAAAACGGACUUUUACAGACCUCCAGACAAGAGUAACGAAAUAUCGCUCGACCAUUGCACAAAUUUGGUCUCGUAUUACUGUAGAAAUGUAGGAAUGAGGUACGCUGAACUAAUUUCCAAGAAUUCCAAAAAGGUGGCGGGAGCCCAGCCGAGUGAUAAUAAAAACACGCUCCCAUCCUCAACUGAACUUUUGGCAUCGUCUUCUCCGCAAGACUCUGGAAAACAUCCCGAGUUGGCCAAAGAUACUAACAAACGCGAGGAUUCCACCGAAUCUGGCAGAUCUGAUCGAAAGAUCGCGGAAAAACCACACGAAACUGAGUCGAAAGGAUCAAAUAAAAAUAUGGGUUCGGAUAAAACUGGUACGGUUACGAAAAGUGAGGUAGUAAGCGGCACACAGAAAGUGGAGAGGUCUGAGGACUCUGAGGAUGACUCACCGCCUCCACCUGGGAACGGCGGCAAAACACAAUGGUAUGAAUGGACUCAGACCUUAAGCUCUUUGGAAGUUAUGGUUACAGUUCCAGAAGGCACAGUUUGUAAAAACGUCAAGGUAGAAAUAGGAACGAACACUUUGAACGUGAAAGUGAACAAUAGACUGCUAUUUGGAGGCGAAUUGUAUGAUUCCGUAAAGAGUGAUGAGUCAGUAUGGGCACUGGUGGACAACAAAAUGCUCCAAAUCUCACUUGAAAAAAGAAAUCAGAUGGGUUGGUGGGCGACGGUGGUAAAGGGUCACCCUGAGAUCGAUGUUAAAAAGAUAGUUCCAGAGAAUAGUAAACUGAGUGACUUGGAUUCUGAAACCAGGAGCACUGUUGAGAAGAUGAUGUUCGAUCAGCGUCAAAAGGCUGCCGGGUUACCAACUAGCAGUCAGAGAUCACAAUACGAGGCGCUUGAGAAGUUUAAAAAGGCACAUCCGGAACUGGACUUUUCAAAAGCUCAAAUAAACUUUUCGUAA